AUGAACGAAUGGCUGGACAGGCCACGCGAAUGGGUACGCCAUCGCGACUUCUCCCAUGGAAAAUUGUCUCGUAGGGGCCCAUUUUGUGUCUCAACCGCCGCGGACGGUACCUCGAGUCUGGGACGGCGGCGUUGCUUCUUCCCUUUCCACCAUCACCCUCCCUCCCACACCUCUUUCUCCUAUCCCUCACCGACCUGCAGUAGCUUCCCUCUCACCUUCGGGUCUGCACCCUACACCCUCAUCCCUCGCCCCUCGCUCAUCUGCAAGGGUCAACUUGCAAUAGCAGAGAAGCUCACCAUCGAUCACCCUCCCCCUUCUUGGCCCUUUUCGUUUUCUUGUGACUCUGAUCUCUUGUCACACUCACACCCGCCUCCGAUCAAAGGCAAUACCGCCGGCUCUUUUGUUGCUCCUUGCUUCUUCCUAUUUGUCUCGUCAACCUUACCCUUUCUCCGUCUCUUCUGUCUCUCCUCCUGUUCAUGCAAGGUGGUCGCAAGACUAAGGCACAAGACCAUUCAUCUUUACUGUCUCUGCCUCAUCUCGUCCCCAUCCCCCUUUGCCCAAUCAAUAACCUUUGAGCCCAUGAACGAUCGGACAGCAUCCAUCUCCCUGGGCUUCUGCGGCCGAGAAGAGAGCUGCAAGACAUGCGAGACAUACUCUCCCACGGGACAUGCCUUCUACCUUGCCUCACGAGGCUCAUGA